AAUGGCAGCGUUGAAACCUAGCGGCGCGAUGCCGAUGACGAGAGAGCGCGUUCCUCAGCGCUCAGCAGCUAGCUUGCCUGAGCGUGGGCAGCCGAAGUCGGCAGAAGCCAACGCAACGAAACGGGCGAACGGGCGAACGAAGAAUGCGGACGGGAACACGGACGCGGACGAGGACGGAGACGGCAGAACCAGAACCAGGACCAGAACCUCGCGCGCGUCUACUCCACACAUCGCGCUGACAAGCUUUCCACGGCCGUCGACGUACUUGCAUCGCGUUCGACUUCGACUUCUCAUCGCCGCACGUAGUGCGUUGGCGCGUAUGAUGAACGAUGAACGCAUCGCGAAGCAGGGAAGGCAGGAACUACAACCGCAACGAGUACCAGAUACCACAACUACAGCUACCACUGCUACUGUAGGAGAGGGUCCCCCUCAUUGCACUGCGUUCAAGAACGCGCUCGCUGUAAUCGUGCUUAAGAGCUUCCUUCAAUCUCGCGAGAUGCGGCCUGACGCGGACGGCUGCAGGGAGAAGUCUAUGCAAGGGACUCGCGAUCGGACGUA